AAAAUAGGUCAGGGUCCCACCUGCCUCUCCUCAUGUCACCGGCACAUGACUAUCCCAGAGAAACUUGGAAAACACAAACAGAGGCAGACAGGCUUCGAGCUCUCGCACGCUGCGCGCUUCCUGCUGGGAUAUUAACACGAAAUAGUCGUGUAAAUAAAUAAAUAGAACGUGGAGGGGGGCGCGCGAGUCUGAUUGGCUGCUGAGAAGACUCGUUUCAUAUCUGGGCUUUCUGCAGGCUCCUCCUCUUUUCAUCUUCUGCUUGAUCUUCUUGCAACAGAGGAGCAUAAGGGAAAAAGGACAACGUUAUUGCAGUGAUCGGGAAAUGGGGAAACUUGGAUCUUGUGCCUCCAGUACCUGCAGGGACCCUGAAUAAAGGGACUGAGCUGUCAGCAUUCAAUCACUGACACUUUCUGCAUUUAUACUCGGAUAUAGUUCUCUCCCCUGGUUCGAUAUCGAUCAGAUCGUUACCAAUCUGCAGGAGAGAUCGGGUAUUGGUGCUGCUCGCUUCUGUUAUUGACUGUGCAUCUGCCAAGGAUAUGUCUCGGCCAACUACCCAGCUGACUACCUGCGAGAAGCUACAGGGGCAUCAGCUGCACCAGACGCCUCCCCUUGGGCUCCCUGGGCCCGGGAUGGUGAGCUUAAAGAGCCUGCUGCAAGGGUCCAUAAAGGGUCCGGAUCGCAGAACGAGAGAGCUGUCUAAUAGUAUAAUGAAGGACAAGGAGAGGAAACUAGAAGAUGACAUGACUGGUCCUCGUCCCAAUCACUGUGCGUUCCUGGGGUCCCUAGUGUGGGAACGCACAGUGCCAUAUAAUGAAAUUGAGUAUGUGGAUCUGGAUGAGUUCCUACGGGAGAAUGGCCUCCCAUCAAGCCCACCUCACCAACCCUUCUCACCAGCAAAUCUGACGCCACCUCCAUCUAACCAGUCAGUGUUCGAUCUUAGUCGGCCGGCCUCCUGCGCCUCUUCUACCUCUGCCUGUUCUUCUCCUGUGCAAAGCAUGGUGGACAGUGAAUAUCCAAGCAGCAACGCAGGUGAGAUGACUCCUGUGUCCAGAGACAGCCCCAGUCCUGUGGAUCCAGAAUCGAUAGAAGUAAUUUCGAAGUUUGAUCUAGAUCCUGCCGAUCUCGCUUUGUCAAGUGUGCCUGGACAUGAGACCUUUGACCCCAGAAAGCAUCGAUUUUCUGAAGAAGACCUAAAACCGCAACCGAUUAUGAAAAAAGCAAAAAAGAUCCAGGUGCCGCACGAACAGAAGGAUGAAAAAUAUUGGAACAGAAGGUACAAAAACAACGAGGCUGCCAAGCGCUCUCGUGAUGCUCGCCGACUGAAAGAGAACCAGAUCACAGUGCGGGCUGCCUUCUUGGAGAAGGAGAAUUCAGUGUUGCGUCAAGAGGUGUCCAGAAUCCGUCAAGAACUCUCACGUUACCGGAACAUCCUUUCCAAAUAUGAGUCACAGCAUGGAGCCUUGUAAAGAUGUGAGUUAUUGUGUAGCUGUUCCACGUGGUUGCACGGACUAACACAACUUCACAAGAAUCUUCCCCCAUCAUCCCAUACAUUGUCUCCCCAAGAUUUGCCCUUUUUUUCAUUGACUAUUAAAGAAGAGACAGAGGGCAUAAUGGACAUGUGGAAAACAACUGAUGUUUAGCACUUUGUUCUGCUUUACUUCCUUUGAAUUUCAGCAUUCCGUCAGGACUUCCUGCUUUCCAAGGAAGAGGGUGCUUUGUUGAACUAAUUUGCUACAUGGGGUAUCACCAGCAGCUUGAAGAAAAGAGAACAUUUAACUGGAAAGGGGAAGCCAAAAGCUGAUUCUGCCAUAUUGUACACAAGCACUAACCAAUACACCAGCGAGCACGUCAAGGUUCUUUACCUGGUAUCAAAUAUUCCUUGCACUCGACUCUCUGGUAGCAUUUUCUUUCUUUAGAUUUCACUUCUUGGGUUUUUGUUUUGAGGACAAAAGUGUUGAGUGUGCAACCCAAUGGUACAGACACCAAUUCAUUGUUUGAAAAAAUGUAUAUUUCUAUAUAUAUAUAUAUAUAUAUAACUUUUGAUAAUUUAAAAGAGAGACUCUGUCAUUUGAAAUGAAUCAACUUCAUAAGGCAUCCAUUACAGUCUAUAGAUAGACAGGUUGGGGGUUGUAAGAAUUUAUUAAUAUUGUAUUUAUAUUCUUAAUGUCAUAUAGGCCAAAAUCUAUACCUCUCUCUUAAGGAAACACCAUAACCUCCUGCUAAAGGGGAUUGGUAGCACCCAUAUUCUUUUGGAAACUCUGUUUUAUAAGCAUCAACUGGUCCCAGAACCUUUUCUGAACUGUUACAAUUCUAUUUUGAAUUUGCAAAUGGCACGUGCCGUAUACAGGGGAAUUAAAUAACUUUUUAGAUGAUUUAUGACUUAGGAUGGCUUAGAAUAAUCCACUUAUAGAGAAAAGGCACAGAACUAGAUGGAGAGCUUUCAUUCAUUAAGAAGAAACAUAAUUGAAUUCAUACGGUACUACUGGAGGAGACUGCGUCAUCUUCCGGAUAUUCUCUGGGUAAAUCGCUGAUUUGGGGGCAUUACGAGUCUCCUCUCACCUUCCCUAUAUCUUUACUAGAUGUUCUAGAUGACAAGUUCUUACAUAUGAACUAUAGGGCUUUGAUUUACUUUUCAGUGUCUGUCCUAUCCUUGUAUAUAUCUUCUUUUAGGCCUGUCACCUUCAGCGUUUUGACUACCACGUUUCUUCCAAGGAGAAAAUUGUCUGCAGCCUCUUCUUUAUUUUUUGAAAGAGAAACACCCUUCCUACAGCUGGCCUUGGUCAGGUAGAGAACUUUUAGAUUUCCCACAUAGGUAAAUAUUGGCCCAUGUUUCUUUUGAAACUGAAUACCAGCUUUACAAGAUGUGGGUUCCACAAGAAGAACCUAUCACAGCAAAUGUCAAGCCUCUUCUAGACUGAAUGUACUGCUACAAUAAUCCUACAGAUCUUUACAAUAACUUGCAAACCAUUUCUAAAGUUGUAUGAAACAAUCCAAUAUAUUGGGGCUGAUUUACAAACCUGGCUCUGAAAAGAUUUUAUGGCAUAAAUGAACACUUUAGCUCUAGUUUUCAGCUAACUGCACUUUUGCCAAUCCCAUUGUGUGCUUGCUGGAAGGGGAAAUGGUGUAGCUAUUUCUUUAACUCCCCUGUGUACUCGCAAGAGAAUAUAUAUUUCUAUAUGUUUGAAAGGUGCCUUUGUGUCCCUGGUGCUAGUGCCCAUGCUCUAUGGAUGGAAGUGUCAAGCUGCCUAGCAUCUCAGUUCCCAAGAGCUAGGCUUUUUUUUGCAUGCACCCUUUUUUGUUUUCCAAUUAGCAGGCCUGGAUUUGUGGAAAGGCCACCUAGGCCCGGGCCUAUGGCGGCAGGAUUUUAGGGGGCGGCAUGCUGCCCAA